AUGGUCGUCCGUCUUCUUCAGGAGUUUACAAUAUUCGACCGGACGAUGCAGGACAUUGUCUACAAAUUAGUUCCAAAUCUACUUAAAAGUGAGGAAAGGAGAGAAAAGGAGUUUUAUGAAUCUUUUGGUAAAACGGAGCCAGAAGAAAAAACAGAUGAAUUACAAAAUGACAUCACCAAAGACGGGGACGAUGAUUACCACCGGAACGAUGAGCAAGUCAAGAUCGUCCUAGAAUGUUCCACCAACAAGCUGGGUCCACUCCGGAAAAAGUUCAUCCGUAUCUCUUCCCAGGCCACCAUCAAUCACAUCAAGAAAUUUGUUGCCAAGAAAUUACAAUUAGAUAAAUUUAAUGAGCUUGAUAUCCUAUGCAAUGAAGAGAUCUUAGGCAAAGACCACACGUUAAAGUUUGUCUGUGUUACAAGAUGGCGAGCAAGGAGAGAGCAUUGUCUCUUCGGUAUCGGAUGA